UCUAUUUGGAAACCGGAUUCGGUUUUGAUCGAAAGGCAAGGUCAUUGUGCUUUCAUCUCGUUGGAUUAUGAGAGAUUGCCUUCUUACUGUUCGCACUCUACUAUGAUUGGUCAUUCUCUUGCUAACUGUAAGUGGAAUAAGUCGAAAGACCCCGAGGGUCGAUGCGUGGUCGUUCGCGAGUUCGACAGGACCAAAUCUAUCGCCCUAAAGAGGUGUCCAAAGGAAAGGUGCUAUGAUAAUUGCCCCCUUGCCAACAACACUUUUGCAGCCUUGGUGGAGGAGAUUCAAAAUGCUAUUAAUGACAUUGUAGCCUCUGCAGGGCGUCCACCUAAUUCGAUGGUACUAGCUACUGCUGUUGGGGAUGAAUCAACACGGAUUAUGGAUACUGCGGCAGUGAAAUCA